CACCGAUCGUGCCUGGGGAUUGGAACAGGGUAGACCUUGAAAGCUAAAGCAGAUCGUCCUUGAGUGAUUUUCAAGUAAUGGUAAAUAACGCCAUUGCCUUCAGCUCUUCUUCUCUUAUUAGAUCCCCUCUUCUCUUACUUCCAGAAGAACGAAGAGGAGAGAAGCUUAACUAACAGCCAUGGACAAUCCCUUUGCCACUCUCCUUCUCUUCCUCUUCGCGGUUGUUGUCGCCUCUUCUGUAACCCACGUCAGAUCGGACUCCUCCGACCACCGCUACAAGGAGGGCGACUCUGUUCCUCUAUACGCCAACAAGGUUGGCCCUUUUCAAAACCCCAGUGAAACAUAUCGCUAUUUCGAUCUGCCCUUCUGCGUUCCAGAUCAUGUCAAAGAGAAAAAGGAGGCUCUUGGUGAGGUGUUGAAUGGAGAUCGUCUAGUCAGUGCUCCUUACAAACUAAACUUCAGAGAUGAGAAAACCUCAUCACUUGUUUGUAAGAAGACACUUUCAAAGGAGGAAGUUGCAAAGUUCAGAUCUGCAAUAGAUAAAGACUAUUACUUCCAAAUGUAUUAUGAUGAUCUGCCCAUCUGGGGCUUCAUAGGAAAGGUUGACAAGGAAGGCAAGACUGACCCGAGUGAAUACAAAUACUUCCUUUACAAACAUAUCCAGUUCGAUGUUCUUUACAAUAAGGAUCGUGUGAUUGAAGUGAGUGUGCGGAUGGAUCCCAAUUCACUCUUGGAUCUGACAGAGGACAAGGAAGUUGAAACAGAGUUCUUUUAUACUGUGAAGUGGAAGGAAACAGAUACUCCCUUUGAGAAGAGAAUGGAAAAGUACUCACUAUCUUCUUCAUUGCCACAUCACUUGGAAAUCCAUUGGUUCUCCAUUAUAAACUCAUGUGUGACAGUUCUCCUUCUGACUGGUUUUCUUGCUACCAUUCUCAUGCGGGUUUUGAAGAAUGAUUUUGUGAAGUAUGCACAAGAUGAAGAAGCAGCUGAUGAUCAGGAAGAGACUGGAUGGAAGUACAUUCAUGGUGAUGUAUUUAGAUAUCCAAAGUACAAAUCUUUGUUUGCUGCAGCCCUUGGGUCUGGCAGUCAGCUGUUCACUCUCACUGUAUUUAUUUUUAUUCUUGCAUUGGUUGGUGUAUUUUAUCCAUACAAUCGAGGAGCUCUAUUUACUGCACUUGUGGUCAUAUAUGCACUUACGUCUGGAAUUGCUGGAUAUACAGCAACCUCUUUCUAUUGUCAGCUGGAAGGAAAUAACUGGGUGAGGAAUCUUUUGCUGACAGGAUGCCUUUUCUGUGGGCCCUUAUUCCUCACAUUCUGCUUCCUUAACACUGUUGCCAUUGUCUAUAGUGCAACCGCAGCGUUGCCUUUCGGCACUAUUGUGGUAAUAGUUCUUAUAUGGACACUAGUAACAUCACCUUUACUUGUUUUGGGUGGUAUUGCUGGGAAAAAUAGCAAGGCUGAAUUUCAAGCCCCUUGCCGCACCACUAAAUAUCCUCGGGAGAUCCCACAAUUGCCUUGGUACAGGAGUAGUCUUCCUCAAAUGGCAAUGGCAGGUUUCCUGCCUUUUAGUGCUAUUUACAUUGAGCUAUACUACAUUUUUGCAAGUGUUUGGGGACACAGGAUUUAUACCAUUUACAGCAUCCUUUUUAUUGUCUUCAUUAUUCUUCUGAUUGUCACUGCUUUCAUAACUGUGGCUUUGACGUACUUUCAACUUGCUGCUGAAGAUCAUGAGUGGUGGUGGAGGUCUUUUCUCUGUGGUGGAUCGACCGGGCUGUUUAUCUAUGCUUAUUGCUUGUACUACUACUAUGCAAGAUCUGAUAUGUCUGGCUUCAUGCAGACCUCUUUCUUCUUUGGGUACAUGGCUUGCAUAUGCUAUGGCUUCUUUCUCAUGCUUGGGACAGUGGGAUUCCGUGCCUCCUUGUUCUUUGUACGUCAUAUAUACCGGUCUAUUAAGUGUGAGUAGAAUGGGUCUUUUCUCUUUUUUUGGUUUCCAUGAACUCUGUCAGAGAAACAUCUAUGAUUUUGUUCAAAGUUAGGUUGGAGACUGUAUUGGAUAUCAAAAGUUCGAAAAGUUAAAAAGGCAGGCCCUUUCCCUGGUUAUGCAUUUCUUUUACGGGAAGGGGUUUGUUUUCUGAGGUCUCUGUUAUGCAUUGGCUUAGGCUGUAGGAACCUUCCAAGGAAAUAUGUGGUUUAGUCAACAUUUUGGGUAUAUGUAAUUGUCAGACAUACAAAAUGAAAAAUAUUUGUUCUGUUGCAUUUA